AUGUCAAGAUCUGGUGUUGCUGUCGCAGACGAAUCUUUAACCGCCUUCAACGACUUGAAAUUAGGUAAGAAGUACAAGUUUAUCUUGUUCGGUUUGAAUGACCAAAAGACUGAAAUUGUCGUUAAGGAAACUUCUACUGACCAAUCUUACGAUGCUUUCUUAGAAAAAUUACCAGAAGAUGACUGUUUAUAUGUUGUGUACGAUUUUGAAUAUGAAAUUAGUGGCACUGAAGGUAAGAGAUCUAAGAUUGUUUUCUUCACUUGGUCUCCAGAUACCGCUCCAGUUAGAUCUAAGAUGGUUUAUGCAUCCUCUAAGGAUGCUUUAAGAAGAGCCUUGAAUGGUGUCUCAGCAGACAUUCAAGGUACUGACUUCUCUGAAGUCUCUUACGAAAAUGUCCUAGAAACUGUUAGCAGAGGUGCCGGUUCUCAUUAA